AUAUUAUUUCGACCUUUGUUUGUGUUUGAUAAUGAGCACAUCUCAAGGUUUAGGGACUUGAUAUUUGAUCUUUAAGACCGUUUCUUGAACAGAUGAAUGAAAAGUUUUCUUGUGAAUACCAAAUAGGAUGGAUUGGGAAGAUUGACUAUGCCACUAAUCAAAUCUUUUCUUUUUUCUACUCUGUAACCAAGACUGCUUUAUUUGAUAAGCAUGUUUCUGAGCCUGUUUGUUUGUUGGAAUCUGCUAGACUAGAGAUGGAGUUGGAUCCAAAGAAGUUUGCUGCACUAUUGGACAAAAUUGAAGCAGAAGCAGAUGAGUUUCUACUAGCUCGAAAUCAGAUGGUGGAGAAUGACAAGGAGAGGAAUGCAAACCGAGAGGCUCUUACAGCACUUAGGAAGAGAGCUCGGACAACAAAGACUAGUGUUCUGUCUCCAUUCGAUUCUAUGAUGAAAGAUAUACAUGUGAGCUCAACGAAACCUUUGGUCCAAGAAGUUUGCUCCACAUGUGGAUCCCAUGACUCUAGUGAACCCACUUGGAUGAUGCUCCCAGGAGCUGAUCUUUUUGCUGCAAUUCCGUUUCAUGCUGUGCAUACGAUGCUAGAGAAAGAUGAAGAGAAAAUGGAGUUUGAAUCGAAGAAAUUGCAGAGCUUAGUGAAGGAGAAAGCUCUGUUUAUAUCGGAACUCGGGGCUCUUGCUGAUAGUACUUCUCCAGGCGUUAUCAGAUCGUUGGUGGCUUUAAAGGACAAACCUUUAGUGAUUCUUCGAAACCCCAGCAAAAAAAGGCAGAUUCUUUCUAUCGGAAUCAACAAAGGUCCGAUGAAUUCACAUCUCUUCCGUGUAAUCUGUAUGCUCCAUUCGAUUAUCGCACUUACAAGUGGAACCCUGAUGAUGUUCUACACAGAGAAAGCUUCGAUCUUUGGACAUGGUAGUGAUAUAGCAAACAAGCUCAAAGGAUCAACACCUCACGACGAGCAGCUUAUUCAGAUUUCUCAGUCAUUCUCUGGUUUGCUUCUCUUUGCUAUCGGAUUGGUCUUGUUCAUGGUGUCGUUUGUGAAAGACAGAGAGUUUCAUAGCUUCUUUGCCGUUGGUUCUGUGAUUCUCUAUAUGCUGAUGGCUUUAUGGAGAGUUAUGUUUGAGUGGAAGAUUGAAGAUCUUGCUUUUGAAUGUCCCAAGCAAGCCCUUGGAGACAUUGCUUUAGCUGUCUCAUGGGUUUUCUUCCUCGUUUAUACAUGGAGAGAGAACCAAGUGGUCUUCUUCUUUCCUUUCAUAAUUCAUACCGUCGCCGACAUUUCAACCGGUUCUCUGCUCUUUGAUUCUUCCUCUGUAAAAUCCAUUCAAAGGAUGAGUGAUCAACCAGCACAAAACGGCUUGAUUCCUUCACCCACUUCAGAGCCAAGCAAGGCUGCUGCCUCGGCAGAGACGAAACCAAAGAAGAGGAUAUGUUGUGCUUGCCCUGAUACCAAGAAGCUGAGAGAUGAGUGCAUUGUCGAGCAUGGUGAAUCGGCUUGCACAAAAUGGAUCGAGGCUCAUAAAAUGUGUCUCCGAGCAGAAGGUUUCAACGUCUGAUACUUUUUUUUCUCUUCUUAAUACGUAAUUUGAUGGUGGAUCAAAAGGAAUGAGCAACAUAGAUUGUUCAUCACCCGGGAUGGGUUUAGGGUAUAAAAACAGGAGACUAAU